AUGGUAGGAAUUGAGAUCGUGGAACCGGCCGACGUGCCCGUGAUCGAUCUAAAUGCCCUCUCCUCCCCUUCCCCUGCGGAACGCCGAGUUGCCCUGGCGCAGCUGGAUGAGGCCUACCGAACCUACGGUGCCAUUUGGCUAGUCAACCAUAGCAUUGGCGUGGACCUGGUUGAGGAGGCUUUAGCAUGGCGCUUCUUCCAACUGCCGCGCGAGCAGAAACAGACGGUCUCUAUGCCGACCAAGAAUGCCUCCGAGCGGAUCGAAGGGUGGUCGGACGUCGGGGCAAGCAUCUCAUCUCAGGGGGUGUGGGAUCCGAACGAGCUGGAGAAGAUCCGUGCGGCCAGCUCGAUCGAGCUGAAGGAGGUGCUCGACAGCCUAGACCCGACCUCGGAGGCGGCGCAGGACUCGGAACGACUGCGCAAGCUGGACCAGAUGCUGCCCGGAUUCCCGGCAUUCAUCGAACGGUGGUGGGACGCUUGCUUUAAGCAGCAGACCGAACUGAUGCGCUGCCUGUGCGAGAUCCUUGGCAUCGCCGACACCGAUUUCAUUGUCAAGCAGCAGCAGACGCCCCGCCACGGCUCCACUCAUCUGACCUGGAAUUACUUCUUGGGGAUGCCGCUCUCGCCUCUGAGCAGCGGCAGCGCCAACCGCCUCAACCCGCACACUGACUAUGGGCAGUUGACCCUGCUCUUCCAGGAUAUGCAGGGCGGGUUGGAGAUCCUUGACCCCGUCGCUGGCAUCUAUCGUCCUGUCCCGCCUCUGAAGGGCGCGAUGAUCAUCCAGGUAGGCGAUAUCCUGGAAAAGCAGUCGAAUGGUCGGUGGAGGAGUCCGUUGCACCGCGUGACAGCGCCGAAUCAUCUCAUGUAUGGCGGGAACCCUGGGGAAAGAUCUGACCAGCAGGAGGAUGCCUUGGUGUCACGGUGCUCCAUCGUGUUUUUGUGUUAUCCCGGCUAUGAGACGGUGAUUGAACAUCUUCCUGGAUGUGAAAAGAAAGGAAACUGGAAGACCUUGGAAUGGGAGGGUAACAUGACGGCGGGGGAGUGGAUCAAGCGCCGGGCCGCUCUGGAGUAUGAACGGCCCGAGUGA